AUGGGUAGAAGUCAACUCUGGACGUUUUUAAAUGGAAGGGAGAAAUUUGAUGGAACAUUACAAAUCAAGAAAACUAUCCGUCUGCUCAACUUUGAGUAUAUUGAAGCCAUCCUCAUAAACUUGAACUUCAAUUACGACUCUAUCGUAUUCCACCAUGGCCAAAAGUCGCCUCUUCUCGCCGCUGGAUAUUGGUGGCUCGCAGAUACAACACCGAGUGGUCAUGGCUCCCUUGACUCGUUUCAAGGCCGAUGCCAACUACGUCCCGUUGCCUAUUGUGCCAACUUACUACGGACAACGAGCAUCUGCGCCAGCGAGGCGACCUUCAUUUCACCCAAGGCGGGCGGAUACCCCAAUGUUCCUGGUAUCUGGAACUCUGAGCAGAUCACAGCAUGGAAAGCCGUUACGGAUGAGGUUCACAAAAAGGGCAGCGUAGUAUUCCUACAGCUGUGGGCCCUUGGACGAGUCGCCAUGACUGAAGCUGCGAAAGCUGAAGGGUUCGAUGUGGCCAGCUCAAGCGCAACGAUAGCCAGCCAGCUCCACGAGCCCUGA